UUGAGAGAUUUAACUUGUUAGGAUCAUACGAUUUUGUUAACUACAGGCCGCAAAAAGGAAACGAGACUGCGUGUUUUGGAACACAGCAGAUAGCAGCUCGGUAGGCUGGUCAGGACAAGGUUGUUCUGUAAAAUAUAUGGACGAAUCUCAAACGGAAUGCAGCUGCAAUCAUUUGACCCAUUUUGCUGUCCUGAUGCAGUUUGGCACGGAACCUUACAAUGAAGACUUAUCUGAGACCGACAACAAAAUUCUGGAGAUUCUUACCUACAUGGGUUUGACAUUAUCUCUGAUUGGAAUUACCAUGACAAUUCUCGGCUACGUUUUUCUCACGGAGAUGAGAGGUCCUUUGUCUCAGAUCCGUGUUAGUCUGGUUGCUUCGCUUGGCGCAGCUCAAAUCAUAUUUCUUGGUGGGAUUGGUGCGACUGAGAACAAAAAAGUAUGUGUAAUGGUAGCAGCCCUUGAGCAGUUCUUUUUAACAGCCGCUUUCUGUUGGAUGUUCAUCGAGGGAGUUUACCUUUACUUGUUUGUUGUAAAAGUCUACAACGUUACAAACAAGAUGAAGAUAUGCCACGGAGCUACAUGGGGUUUUUCUGCACUUGUGGUCACCUUAUCCUUGAGCAUCACGGCAGGCAUAGCGGGAAUCGAGAGUUUUGUGAGCGAGAAAUAUUGCUGGCUUUCUAACGAAAAUGGUCUGAUCUGGAUAUUCCUUGUCUUUGUCUUGCUGAUUGGAUUGCUUAACAUUAUGAUCCUUGUACGAGUUAUCAGGGAGAUGACGACGAUGCAACAAACCAAGGACAAUCAAACUGAACAAAUCAGGCUUGGCAUCAGAGCAUGCGUGGUAAUGAUUCCUCUUUUGGGUGUCACGUGGCUGUUUGGCGUUUUACUGCCAUUACACAAAGCUUUUGCCUAUAUUCUCACGAUUUUCAACUCAACCCAAGGUUUUAUGAUUUUCCUCCUGCACUGCUUGAGAAACACGGAGAUAAGAAGUCGACUCAGGAGAAAGCUCCAUUCCAUUUUCCCAUUAGUAGACAAUGGAACAAGUA